CCCAGAAGUCUCCGCGACGGGCCCGCACGGUCACCGCGGCCAGGCCCAAGCGGGUAAAUUCGAUUACCUUCUACCGCUGUUUCUCCGACGUUGGACUACAUUUCCCCUAAGGCUUUGCUGGUCGACUCGCUCCCUCGGCCUCUACCUCGCGAACUUGGCUGCCUUUCCCCGUAAUGAUGGGGCCCUUAGAGUAAGCAGUCCUGCCUUGGAAGAAGAUCAGCUCAAGCCCGAUAUAGGAGGUCCGGAGCGGGGACCCGCUCUUUGAGACCCGCCCCGGGCGCAGGCUCCAACAGGCCAAGCCCAAGCGCCGAGUUACGAAGACACCAUCUUAUCCGUGGCUGGUCUGGCUCCGGACUACAUUUCCCACAGCCCUCCGCGGCCCGACUUUACGUCCCUCUUGACGUCGUGGCGAGCUCGUUAGCUCCGCAGGGACCCGGACGCGACCAAGGGGAGGCAAAAGGACUCUGCACUUGUCCAAGAGAAGAAUCUAGAGCAAUCAGAACAGCUCAGGUAGUUCUAAAAGCCAUGGCCCAGGGAUUGCUCACCUUCAGGGAUGUGGCCAUAGAAUUUUCUCAGGAAGAAUGGAAGUGCCUGGAACCCGCCCAGAAGGACCUGUAUAAGGAUGUGACUUUGGAGAACUUCAGUAACCUGGUGUCCCUAGGACUUUCCAUCUCUAAGCCUGAUGUCAUCUCCUUAUUGGAGCAAGGGAAAGAACCCUGGAUGAUUGCAAAUGAUGGGACAGGACCAGGGUGCCCAGAUUUGGGGUCUAGGUGUGAGAAAUUUCCACAGAAAGAUAUGUUUGAAGUAGACUCAUUCAACUGGGAGAUCAUGGGCAACCUUAAAAGCUGUGAUUUUGAGGGCUCCAGUUUUAGAGGUGCCUGGGACAAGUGCCUGUUUGAAAGACAUGUCAAUCAGGAGUGCUGUUUCAAGCAAGAAAAGGUCAGCUAUGGAACCAUGCCCACCUUUGAGCACCACCCACCCCUCGCUCAUCAGAGGAGUGAGACUGGUGAGAAAUUGAUGGGAUGUAACGAAUGUGGCAAAGCAUUUAGUCGCGGCUCACACCUUGUCCAACAUGAGAAAACUCACACUGGUGAAAAGCCCUUUGAAUGUAAGGACUGUGGAAAAUCCUUCAGUCGUGCCUCACACCUUGUUCAGCAUCAAAGAAUCCAUACAGGGGAGAAACCUUACAACUGUAAGGACUGUGGAAAGGCCUUUGGGCGGACGUCAGAACUUAUCCUUCACCAGAGACUCCAUACUGGUGUCAAGCCCUAUGAAUGUAAAGAAUGUGGAAAGUCCUUCAGGCAGCACUCUCAGCUUAUUCUGCAUCAAAGAACUCACACGGGCGAGAAACCCUAUGUGUGUAAAGACUGUGGGAAGGCUUUCAUUCGUGGCUCACAACUUACUGUUCAUCGCAGAAUUCAUACAGGUGCUAGGCCCUAUCAGUGUAAAGACUGUGGGAAAGCCUUUAGACAGCACUCCCAGCUCACUGUCCACCAGAGAAUCCACACUGGUGAGAAACCCUAUGAAUGCAAAGAGUGUGGAAAGGGCUUUAUUCAUAGCUCGGAGGUCACUCGCCAUCAAAGAAUUCAUUCUGGGGAGAAGCCCUACGAGUGUAAGGAAUGCGGGAAAGCCUUUAGACAACAUGCACAGCUAACCCGACAUCAGAGGGUUCACACUGGCGACAGGCCCUAUGAGUGCAAGGACUGUGGGAAAGCCUUCAGUCGGAGCUCAUACCUCAUUCAGCAUCAGAGGAUUCAUACAGGUGACAAACCCUACGAAUGUAAGGAGUGUGGGAAAGCUUUCAUCCGUGUUUCACAGCUUACUCAUCAUCAGCGAAUUCAUACUUGUGAGAAACCCUAUCAGUGUAGGGAGUGUGGAAUGGCCUUUAUUCGGAGUUCACAGCUCACUGAACAUCAGCGAAUUCAUCCCGGUAUCAAGCCUUAUGAAUGUAGAGAGUGUGGGCAGGCCUUUAUUCUUGGCUCACAGCUCAUCGAACACUACAGAAUCCAUACUAGUUAGAAAGCCCUGAAUGUCUGAGAUGUAGGAGAGCCUUUAUGUGGAAU